AUGAGUUCUUGUGCUGCCGCGGCCCGGGCUCAGUUGUCUGAGCGAGCGCGUUCUGCAGCCCGGAGCCCGGAGCCGGGUGGGGCCGGCGGGGUUGUGCGGGCAGAUCUGCUGUGCGGACGGCGGGGGCACCUCAGACCGGGGCGGCAAACAGGAGCAGGGAGAGCCAACAGCGUCUGCAGCCGUGCCGGCCACUCGCGCUCCAGCGUUCUCCGGCGGGGCCAUGGAGCUGCCAGCUGUUGGCGAGCACGUCUUCGCGGUAGAGAGCAUCGAGAAGAAGCGGAUCCGCAAGGGCAGAGUGGAGUAUCUGGUGAAAUGGAGAGGCUGGUCCCCCAAAUAUAACACGUGGGAACCUGAGGAGAACAUCCUGGACCCGCGGCUGCUGAUCGCCUUCCAGAAUAGGGAACGGCAGGAGCAGCUCAUGGGCUAUCGUAAGAGGGGUCCGAAGCCGAAACCGCUGGUGGUCCAGGUGCCCACCUUUGCCCGCCGUUCCAAUGUGCUGACUGGCCUGCAGGACUCAUCUGCGGACAACCGCACCAAGCUGGAGCUGGGCACCCAGGGCAAGGGCCAGGGCCACCAAUACGAGCUGAACAGCAAGAAACACCACCAGUACCAACCUCACAGCAAGGAGAGGGCGGGCAAGCCACCACCGCCUGGCAAGAGCGGAAAGUACUACUACCAGCUCAACAGCAAGAAGCACCACCCCUAUCAACCUGAUCCUAAGAUGUACGACCUGCAGUACCAGGCCGGCCACAAGGAGGCGCCCAGCCCCACCUGCCCGGACCUGGGUGCCAAGAGCCAUCCACCGGACAAGUGGGCUCACGGCGCAGGGGCCAAGGGCUACCUGGGGACGGUGAAGCCUCUGGCCAGUGCGGCGGGAGCGCCGGGCAAAGGCUCGGAGAAGGGGCCCCCCAACGGCAUGGCGGCGACCCCCAAGGAGGCGGUGGCGGGCAACGGCAUCGGGGGCAAGAUGAAGAUCGUUAAGAACAAGAACAAGAAUGGGCGCAUUGUGAUCGUGAUGAGCAAAUACAUGGAGAACGGCAUGCAGGCUGUCAAGAUCAAGUCCGGCGAGGCGGGCGGCGAGGCGCGGCCCCCGGCGCACAAGAAGCGGGCGGCGGAUGAGCGCCACCCGCCGGCCGACCGGACCUUCAAGAAGGCGGCGGGGCCGGAGGAGAAGAAGGCUGAGACCCCCUCCAAGCGGCGGGAGGAUGAGGCUCAGGGGCCGGGCGACACGCAGCUGCAGGACGGCGGCCCCCGCAAGCUGUCCCCCGACAAGGAGUCCUUCGGGGAGCCGCUGCAGCUCACCACCAAGCCCGACCUGCUGGCCUGGGACCCGGCCCGGGGCUCACACCACCAUCACCACCACCACCACCAUCACCACCAUCACCAUGCGCUGGGCCUCAAUCUGGCCCACACACGCAAGCGCUGCCUGUCCGAGACGCACGGUGAGCCCUGCAAGAAGCGUCUGACUGCACGCAGCAUCAGCACCCCCACCUGCCUGGGGGGCAGCCCGGCUGCCGAGCGCCCACCCGACGCGCCCCCCGCCCCUGCUGCCACUCUGCCGCAGCCCGAGGUCAUCCUGCUGGACUCGGACCUAGAUGAGCCCAUAGACUUACGCUGUGUCAAGACGCGGGGUGAGGCGACUGAGGUGCCAGGCGGCCUGCAGGUGAAGCCCGAGGCCCCCUCCAGCUCACCGGGGGUGGUGCUGCCUGCCGUGGCCCAGCAGCCGCUGUCGACCGAGGCCCAGGACGAGCCUGAGGAGCCGCUGAGCGAGUUCAAGCCCUUCUUUGGAAAUAUAAUCAUCACCGAUGUCACUGCGAACUGCCUCACCGUCACGUUCAAGGAGUACGUGACAGUGUAGCCCGUAGGAUUGGGAAAAGGACGCGCCAAGGGCCAUGGGGAAGCUCUUGCUGCGGGCUGCUGCGCCCCGCACGGGGUAGGCCAGCGAGCCGGUGGGGCACCUGCACCAGUCCCUCCCACACGGUGCCUGCAGGGAUCCCGCCAACCUGCACAUCCAAGAUUGGGCUACGCUCCUGCCCCCUCUCGCCCCCCCCCCAGACUGACAGGGCAGCCGGGGCUCAGAGUUAUAGUAUUAUAUUUUAACCGUGCUAACUUGUCAAGUGCAGACUUCCCUCCCGUUUGUACGUGGUGUUCUUAUUGAAAUGUAUUGUCUGAGCUCAAAAAAAAGGCCCAACCCCCCCACACACUUUGGGCUGAUAUCUAUAUCUAUAUAUAUAUAUAUUUAUUUGUAGGUAUUUAUAUAUUGAAAUAUAAAAGCCUAGAUUUAUGGAGUCUUCUCUAGAUCACGUUAUAUUCUAUAUCAGACAAAACUAUUUUCUUUUGCCCUUCCUUACCCCUUUAUUCAGUAUCUUGGUUUCUUUCAUCCCCCUUUCCAGGAACUGCAAUCCAGUAACCUUGGUAUAUAUUUUUUGAUACUGUACACAUGGAUGUGUUGUUUCUAUGUGCAAAAAAAAAGUUUGUUAAAAGGCUAAACGAGCUCUUUAGAAACUGCUGCUACUAGAAAUGUCUAAACUAUAAGCUUCCAAUUAUUACCUGCUUGAAUGUAAAUAUUAAAUGGAGAUGUUGAAGGUG